CAGUCUUGAACAAAAGGGGGAGCUCAAACGAGCGGCUCUGAACCACAGACACCCAGACUCGCCGCCCCACAGUAGAGCAAGAACGACAGGAUGGUCAUGAUGAUUCUCGUCAAGAACUCGGCGCCCGUGCUCAAGACCGUCGGCCAGCAGGCCCGCGGCAUGGCCACGGAGAAGCAGAUUCUGCAGCGUAUUACGGCCACGUCCAACAUCGCCAAGAUCACCAAGUCGAUGAAGAUGGUGUCGGCCGCCAAGAUGCGUGGCGCUGAGAACCGCAUGAACGCUGGCCGCCCCUUCACCGCGUGGCUGGACAACGUUAAGGGCGCUCACGACCGCACCGUCGAGACUGACGGCGUGGCUCCGGCCGAGGAGCUUGAGGGCGACAACCUCUUCGUCGUCGUCUCGUCGGACCGUGGUCUGUGCGGUGGUAUCAACUCGGGUAUUGCCAAGACCACCCGCAAGCAGAUCGCUGGCAUCGAGGACCGCUCGCAGAUCUUCGUGAUCGGUGACAAGGCCCGCGCUCAGCUGCGUCGCGACCUUGGCGACAACAUCCGCGGCAACGUCACGGAGACGUACCAGUCGCCCCCCAACUUCACGGUGGCCAGUGCCAUCGCUGAGGCUGUGAUUGCCUCGGCCCCGUCGGAGUCGGAGAAGGUGCACGUGCUGUACAACAAGUUCAAGUCGGCCAUCUCGUACAUGCCGUCCGUGCGCUCGCUGGCCGUGCAGCCGGACUCGGACGCCUUCGACCUGUACGAGCUCGAGCCUGACAACAAGGACGAGCUGCUGGCCGACCUCAAGGAGUUUGAGAUCGCCACCGCCAUCUUCCAGGGCAUGAUCGAGAACUCGACCAGUGAGGAGUCGUCCCGUAUGGCUGCUAUGGAGAACGCUACCACCAACGCCGAGGAGCUCAUUGGCUCGCUCACGCUCGUGUACAACAAGGCUCGUCAGGCCCGUAUUACCACCGAGCUGAUUGAAAUUAUUUCGGGUGCCGCCUCCCUGGACGGUUAAGUACAUUCACGAGCCCGGAACGGAACGGAUGCUCGCGCGAGAUGAACUUUUCCCAGUUUGUAGCUAGGAAUGGGACGGCAAACGCGAGCAUGACAUCGAGGAAUUACGAGCAGCAAGAAGCGUUGGUGUCGACGGAAAUAAACAGCAAAACCAUCUCCUCGACUGCUAUUUACCUUCAAUUGUUGAAUGUGCUGCAAAUACUACAUGUGGUAAAAUAGUAUUGAUCACGAGUCGGAACUGAAGAGUGUGAAUGCUAUGACCGUUAAAUGGAUUCGGUGACACGAGACACAUGACAGAGGUAAAAUAGUGUUUGUAUGGCAUAGGCGCUUAUUGUUUCAGGUGCAGGCAACGAAAUAAAGCAUCUAUCACUGCAGUCGCA